AUGACCUCGCAGAAUCCAGUCCAACCAAGGUCGGCAAUGUCGGCAGCGGGCGCCAGCGCACUAUGGCUCGCCCUCGUGCUAGCGGUGGUGGCGCCAGUGGUGCUGGCACUGACGCUCUCACUGCCGGCGGCGUCCGCGGCCGGGUUCAGCUGCCGGCCCGGCGCGCGGCCGGUGGUGUUCAACUUCGGGGACUCCAACUCCGACACGGGUGGCAUGGCGGCGGCCAAGGGGUGGCACAUCACGCCGCCGGAGGGCCGCGCCUUCUUCCACCACCCCACCGGCCGCUUCUGCGACGGCCGGCUCAUCAUCGACUUCCUCUGUGAAAGCUUGAACAUAAGCUAUUUGAGCCCUUAUUUGAAGGCGGUGGGUUCCAAUUACAGUAACGGAGUAAAUUUCGCCAUAGGAGGUUCGACGACAUUACCACGCGACGUUCUUUUUUCAUUGCAUAUACAGGUUCAGGAAUUCUUUUUCUUCAAAGCAAGAUCCAUGGAACUCAUCAAUCAAGGCCAGGAAGCUCCAAUUGAUGCACAAGGGUUCGAAAAUGCUCUAUAUACCAUAGAUAUAGGACAGAAUGAUGUUAACGGUCUUCUAUCCAACUUGCCUUACGACCAAGUAGUCGCCAAAUUCCCUCCAAUACUCGCCGAGAUUAAGGAUGCUGUUCAGAUGCUGUAUGCCAAUGGGAGUCGGAACUUCUGGAUACACGGAACAGGGGCUCUUGGUUGCCUGCCUCAGAAGCUUUCUAUUGCGCGUAAAAAUGACAGCGAUAUUGAUCAGAAUGGUUGCCUCAAGACAUACAACAGAGCUGCAGUCUCGUUCAAUGCAGCGCUUGGAAGCCUCUGCAACGAUCUGAACGUGCAGUUGAAAAACGCGACCGUUGUGUACACCGAUCUUUUCGCUAUCAAGUAUGACCUUGUGGCUAACCACACGAAAUACGGUUUCGACAGGCCGUUGAUGACGUGCUGCGGGUACGGAGGGCCACCUUACAACUACGAUAUUACCAGAAGCUGCCAGUCUCCGAAUGCGACGGUCUGCACUGACGGCUCGAAGUUUGUCAGCUGGGACGGCGUGCACCUCACGGAGGCUGCCAAUGCCGUUGCAGCUGCAGCCAUACUGAGCUCUGCAUACUCCAUACCCAAGCUCAAGUUUGACCAGUUCUGCAAAGUCUGAUUGUUCAUAUUUCAUACUAUGUUGUACUCGUCUAAACUUUUUUUUUGCGGUAAAAGUGAAAUAUAUUAAGAAAAACA